ACAACGGUUCCACAACGAGCUAGUAUCAACAUCUAACCUCCUUGCAUCACCCCAGAUCCCGCACCCCAGAAGCCAGAUCCAUAGGUCAAAAUGGUCACUUUCAACCUCGCCUACACAGCCCCCAUAAACGCCUCCAAGGCCUCGCCCACCCUAAACCAAGCCCAGGUCUGGGCCGGGCUCAAACGCAAGGUCCUCCGCGCGCAGGACUUCGUCCCGAUUAUCGAGGAGUGCAUAGUAUUAGUCGAGGAACAGGACCACGCCUCCGGCAACGUCACGGUCACGCGCGAGGUCCGGUUCAAAACCGGCUCGGAACCGGCUGCUGGGAGCGGAGGCGCGUUGGUUAGAGAGGUGUGUAUGCAUUUCGCGCCGUGCAGAAUCGAUUUCAAACAGCCGGAUGGGAGCACGGUUUCGAAUAUCGUGAGCGAGGGCCCCGAUGGGAAGUUGAUGAUGACGUAUGCGUUUGAGUGGAGGUACCCUGGCGUUAAGGAGGGGAGCCAGGAGGCUAAAGUUUUAGAGGAGAGGAGUUGGACGACGGCGAAGAUGGCUGUUCAUGGCACUAUUGAUACUAUUCGUCGAUUAGUGAAGGAUGGUGAGAUUACAGUUUGAUUUUGAGGAGCUGGGUGACGAUCUAUCAGUAGGCAGGUAUUCCAAUUUGACGAACUAAUACUAAAUUCACCAUUAUAUCGGUUCAUGGGGAUUCAGUAUUAGGACCAACUGCGAUUUCAAUA